CACAGGACUCGAAUCGAAUCGAUCGACCAGCAGCAAUCGUGCAGCGUGGAAAACUGCCGUUGGAGUGAAGGGCGUGGGAAGGAGUCAACACGAACAACAGCCAACGCGCGAGUGAAGCUGUGCAUCUCCUCGCGUUACAAGUACAUUACUAGCCAGUACAAGAGGAGGGGAAGAGGAGGAGAUCAUGGCGGCGAACAAGGAGGAAUUGAAAGCCGAGAUGGCGAAGCAUUUCAAAGCUGUGCCUUACUUACCAGCAGAAAACAUUAAGGAUCACGGAUUGAUGAGAGCCUUCAUUUUCCACAAGCCCAAGACAGCUCCGUGUCAAACUGGAGAAAAGGAGAAAGUUUGGAACAGGGUUGAACCAGCGCGAGAAGCCUUUAAGAGACUCCAGGGGUUCGAGGCGAAGGAAGCGUGGGAGGAUUUUGUUCCUAACGACAAUGUCAAGAAGCACACCAGCGCUGACGUUAACGGCGAUGCCACUCGUGAGGUAAAAAAUGAUGUUGAGUUCGGUAUCAGCACUGUCAUGCGUCGUAUUUUGGAGGACAGCGAGGAUCCUCUGGGCUUGGCAGGACUCCUAGAAAAUUUUGCUUGCCAGUAUGUUCAGGCAGACUCGGACGUAAAGUCUCGUAUACUCAAAGAUGGGAUUGAGAACGGCCGCGGAGAUGUCAUCAUCGGGUUUGAGUCCGCCUAUCUCACAGGCACAUUGAGUGAUAUGUCCCUCUCUUCGAAAAAUAAAGUUACACUCCACGGAAGUGGCGGGGGGAUCGGUGGCGAAAAGUCGGGGCAAGUCGAAGGCAGGAGGCAUUCAGUAGUCGGCUCUGUAUUCAAAGUGGUUCACGUUCAGCGAAGAGUCCUUGGGACGGGGACACAUCGGAUUCGGAUAAUGGGACGACCUUUCACGCUUCGAGACUUGGGCGACAACAUGUUGCAGGAUAUGUUCCGCGAGGCCUUUCCCAGCUUGGCAAGGCGCACAAAGAAAACAGUUCAGCGAGUAGUAGGCGGAAUUUUCCGGAAGAAUGCAAGUGGCAGGGCAGACCAACAAGGCAACACGGCAGCAGGGCAAGCUGAGGACGAUGAAGAUGUCGACGUAUUUGGUUCUACCGGAGAGCCGCUGUUCAGUGACCAAGCUGUCGAUUUCACCCUUAAUGACUCGUGGAAUUACUUUUUCAAGCUGAAGAAGAAGACAUUCGUCAAGAUGCUACGAGAGCUUGAGGCGGACGGGGAAACCACCUACGGAAAUGUGGCGUUUACCCACUUGUCGGUGGUGCGUGAUUACGAUUUGAGUGACUAUAUCCCCAUCUAUUUCAAUUGGGAAGCGCACAACUACGACGCAUCUGAGGUGCCAUCGCGCGUCGUUUGCUACAAGACCCCGCAGGCGGGAGAAUGGUGCCUCCGUCCGGUAGAGGGCGGGAAGGGGAAGACGGUCGUAACUAUCUAUGACGAGAAGUGGCAAGUGCGCGAGUCGAUUGUUCGAGUGUCGAACGAUGACACAUACCUCCAAGAAGAACUGAGCAAGAUUGGCUUUCACUUUGUAGAGGAAGGGCAGAAGGACUUGGAGGCCGUCGAAGGGUCCACUAUGAUGGGGCGUCACGAACUCACCCCCAAAGACGAUCUGGGUACUACGAUUCCAAACAGCGUGCUUGAGUUUCGUGGGGGGUUGCUCUGCACCAUGGGAAGUGACAUGGCUGAAGCAGGCGCCAGAGACCGUUCAAGCACGCCUGUUAUCACCAGUGCCGCGGAACUCCCACCAGCGCCUGUGGUCACGAACCCAACAGCUCCAACGCCGACUCGGCCCGGGAAGAAAGCGAAGACUGAUCAUUUCUCGAAUGAGUCCUACUAGUGUGACAAAUUACCAGGUAUCUGUUCUGCCUCAAGUAUCCGUACCA